UUCAGCGAGAAGAGGACUGGGAGCGCAGGCGGAGAAGCGACACUCAGGAUCAGAGCAGCAGAGCUGGUGGACGCCUCCGAUCAUCUCGGCUCAUCCUUUACACACAAAAAAAAAAAACUCGUUUAUUUUCACACACGUAGGGUUGUAUGCGAGUUCAGAUAAACCUAGUGUAGUGGUGUUGUCUGAGGAUUGGCCUCAUUCUAGACCAGAAUUAUCGGGAAUAACCAAAAAGGAGUUGUUGCACUCCCCCCGGGCGCAAAGGCUUGCAUCGUGGCUCUUUCAGAAGUGGCAUGUUCGAGGGAUACUGCGGACGCAAUUGAACUCCUGCUUUCACCCAAAGAGGAUUCAAUGAAAAUGUCCGUGUGCGUCCAUGAGAACCGGAAAUCAAGAGCCAGCACUGGCUCUAUGAACAUCUACCUGUUCCACAAGUCCUCCUAUGCUGACAGUGUGCUUAUGCACCUCAACUCACUGAGGCAGCAACGGCUUUUCACAGAUGUCCUGCUUCAUGCCGGUAGCCGCUCCUUCCCCUGCCAUCGUGCCGUGCUGGCAGCCUGCAGCCGCUACUUUGAGGCCAUGUUCAGCGGUGGGCUGAGGGAGAGUCAGGCCAGCGAGGUUGACUUCCGUGACUCCAUCCACCCGGAGGUUUUGGAGCUCCUGCUGGAUUAUGCAUACUCAUCACGUGUGGUCAUCAAUGAGGAGAAUGCAGAGUCACUAUUAGAGGCUGGGGACAUGCUAGAGUUUCAGGACAUCCGGGAUGCCUGUGCUGAAUUCCUAGAGCGAAACCUUCACCCUUCUAACUGCCUUGGCAUGUUGUUGCUGUCUGACGCCCACCAGUGCACCAAGCUGUCAGAGCUCUCCUGGGGCAUGUGCCUCAGCAACUUCCCCGCUAUCUGCAAGACAGAGGACUUCCUCCAACUGCCCAAAGAUAUGGUGGUGCAGCUUUUGUCACAUGAGGAGCUAGAGACAGAAGAUGAGAGACUGGUUUAUGAAGCUGCCCUCAACUGGAUCAACUAUGACUUGGAAAAGAGACACUGUCACCUGCCAGAGCUCCUGAGAACGGUCCGUCUGGCCUUGCUGCCUGCCAUCUUUCUCAUGGAGAACGUAUCUACGGAAGAGCUGAUCAAUGCCCAGGCCAAGAGCAAGGAGCUGGUGGAUGAAGCUAUCCGCUGUAAGCUGAAGAUCCUGCAGAAUGAUGGUGUUGUUAACAGCCCAUGUGCUCGACCAAGAAAAACCAGCCAUGCUCUCUUUCUUCUGGGAGGGCAGACUUUUAUGUGUGACAAGUUGUACCUGGUGGACCAGAAAGCCAAAGAGAUCAUCCCCAAGGCUGACAUUCCUAGCCCCAGGAAGGAGUUCAGUGCCUGCGCCAUCGGCUGUAAAGUGUACAUCACUGGUGGAAGAGGCUCAGAGAACGGUGUGUCCAAAGACGUAUGGGUCUAUGACACUGUCCAUGAGGAAUGGUCGAAGGCGGCACCCAUGCUCAUCGCCAGGUUCGGCCACGGCUCUGCAGAGCUGAAACACUGCCUCUACGUGGUAGGAGGUCACACCGCAGCAACCGGUUGCCUCCCGGCCUCUCCGUCUGUAUCACUCAAACAGGUGGAACAGUUUGACCCAGUGGCGAACAAGUGGACCAUGGUGGCUCCUUUGAGAGAAGGUGUGAGCAAUGCAGCGGUGGUCAGCGUCAAGCUCAAGCUCUUUGCCUUUGGAGGAACCAGCGUCACCCACGACAAGCUGCCCAAGGUGCAGUGCUACGAUCCGCAGGAGAACCGAUGGACUGUGCCUGCCUCCUGCCCACAGCCGUGGCGCUACACAGCCGCUGCCGUGCUGGGAAAUCAGAUCUUUGUCAUGGGUGGGGACACCGAGUUCUCAGCUUGCUCGGCUUAUAAGUUCAGCAGUGAGAGCUACCAGUGGACUAAAGUGGGUGACGUGACAGCCAAGCGGAUGAGCUGCCAGGCUGUGGCGUCGGGGAACAAACUGUAUGUAGUGGGUGGGUACUUUGGCACACAGCGGUGUAAAACUCUGGACUGCUAUGACCCCACGCUUGAUGCUUGGAACAGCAUCACUACUGUGCCAUACUCACUCAUUCCCACUGCUUUCGUCAGCACCUGGAAACAUCUGCCUGCUUGAGCCCUACAACCCUCUACCUGCACCCUUUCCAUGAGAUAUCCCUGUUUUUGCAUCAUCUACUGGACUCCAACUGUGAAGAAGAAGCACACCUCAUCUUCCUCUGAAAAAGAGACACUGAGCAGUGAUGUACAGACACCCCGCAUUCAUCUCGAUGUCGCAAAGAUGCAAGAACCAGAAACACAGUACAGCUGGACACUUUACCGGAAUGAUGUCAUCUCCCAUUUCUGAGAAGGAAGCUGAGACAUUGCAGUGCAGUCGCUCCCCCCGCAAAUAAACCAAACAAACCGCUGCUUGUUACAUGAGGCGCAAACUCCAAUCUUGUGUACGUCUGGCAUAUCGGUGCACAACCUGCAUUCUUUCCAUUUAGUCAUGACGGCUUGUGAGGAUCUGUAUUGAUGUUUUUUCUUUAUGAUAAAUAAGAAGAAAAAAAAAAAACUCUUUUCAUGGAGACUACAAUGUAUAGCAUGAUGGAUGUUCUACUUAGAUUGGGGGAGGGAGAAAGCAAUGAUCGGUGUGCCAAAGAACAGAACUCAGUUUGACUGAGUACAGUUGAUUUCUAAAAAGGCACAAUGAAGGAGCAAAUCUCCCCCCUUCUCUCUUCUAAUAAGCUCUUUUGUUUGACCCCUUGUAUUCUUUUUUUUCUCCCCUUCUUCUUUCAAAGACGUGCUUCUAGCAGCUCUGGCACCGAAACAAACCUUUGAGUGUUCCUCUCAUGAAGGCUUUGGCAGUUUGCUGUCACUGCAAGCCACGAGGUGUUGACGACCAGCACCAGCUGAGGUGGAGGAGGAGGAUUGAGGCGGUGGGGGGAUCUGUGCGUGGCAAGGGAUGGGUCGAGGUGCCUCGGGGUCGCGACCUUACAUGUUUGCUGUUUUGCAGCUACGCAUUAACGCCUGCUGAGCGCCGUUUAACUAAGCCGCCGUACACAGGGGCCGGUAUUCAGUGUCUGGAUUCGGCACUGAUGCAUUCAGCGGUACAUUUAGCGCCGUAAAAGAUCUGGCUGUGCUUCUGUUCUUCUGAUAAAAGCACGCUUGCUGAGUCAUAGCUGAACCCUUUUUAGAGCAUGUCCACUCAUAGUGAUGCAGUAAAACUGGCAUGAACUCUUCUCUGUGCUCACAGAAAUCUCGUCACCUUAACCUAAACUGAGAAUUAACCAGUUUCUUGUUAAACUUGCUGCAAUGUAGUCUUAAUUUAUAUGACAAUGAUUACUCUGUUAUGUUAAUAUGUUUAAUCCUAUUUAUUUCUUCUCUGCCUGCAUUCUCAUGUGAAUGUAUGUUUGGGUUAUGUCAUGCAUGGCCAGGUGUUGUUGUGUUUUAUUUUUCAAUCUCAGUUGGGCUGCAUUUUGCACAGUUCAGUCUUUUCCCAGGAGGAGCUUGUUCUUUUAAAAGAGACAGAGGUUCACCUCUCCCAGGGUUUCCAUUUAUGUAUGCAUUUGGAUGGAAGAGGAUGUACGGCUCAGAUUACUGAUGGUGUGACGCAGUUUAGGCCACAGGGUCGCUGCCCGAAUAAGAAGACUGAAUUGGGUUGAAAGAAAUAUUCAUUUUACACUCUAACCUGAGUCUUAAAUCGUCCUAACUCCACAAACAAAACAGAUAAAUGAACCAUAAACAAAAAUUAAGACUGCUGGAACAAUGCAGUAUGUGACCCAAGUAACUAUCAGGGACGUCACAGAGUAACCCUGACAUGGUUAAGAAUGUGACCGUCUUUGCAGCUGUCCUUGGGACAGCUGGAGGACCGUCACAUGUGUUAACUUGGCUCCUCAGGGUGUGAACUCGCAGUCUUCUUCACAAACAGGUUGAGAAAGAGUUGAAUCCAGUAAGCUGUGCAUUGAUAAGGGCAGACACCGCAGUGCUUUUCACCAUCGUGUCAAUGAUGCACGUAAAAAAA